CUGUGCCUCCCCAGGCUGAUGGGCAGCAUGUCCCUGUCCAGCCACUACCGGUCGGAGGUUCUGCUGGACGUGGAGACGGCGGCGGGCGGCUUCCAGCAGAGGAAGGGCAUGCGGCGCUGCCUGCCGCUGACCUUCUGCUUCCACACCGGGCUCAGCCAGUACAUGGCCGUGGAGGCCGCCGAGGGCCGCCGGAAGUGCGAGAGCUUCUACCCCUGCCCCGACCAGACGGCUCAGGACCCCUCUGCCAUUGACAUGUUCAUCACAGGCUCCUGCUUCCUGGAGUGGUUCACAGCCUACGUCAGCAACGUGGUGACCGGGGAGAUAGAGAUGUCCAGCAGCGCCUCGCCGGACGCCGCCUGCCAGCUGGACAGCCGCUACUGGAAGAUCACCACCUCCGACGGCAACGUGGAGGAGGUGCAGGGGCCCGGCGUGGUCGGAGAGUUUCCUGUGAUGGUGCCGGGAAAGGUGCACGAGGAGCCGUCGGGUCGAACGAAAACAUCGACGGCCUUCACCUCCAGCUUUGAGGACGACGAGGACUUCUUCUACGAGGAGGACGACGACAACGGGGACGACUUCAGCAGCCUGCGGGGGAUCAACAUGGCCGCCCUGGAGGGGGCGCGCUGCCCCAGGCACAUCUGACCUCUGACCUGAAGCAGGGGAUUGUGGGACGGCAUCAAAGAGCCACAGAGACAGAAUCAGUUGUACUUCCAGCUCCAGGUCCGUUCUGGAUGAGCUGGGGCAGACGGGUGGGAGGCCGGACCUGCUGAGUUACUGAGGCCUCUGGGAAAGCUUUCCGGUUGGUUUCCCUUCAGCCUCAGGACGCCGUGCAGAUCGGGAGGCUGAGGUCUCCCUUUAAGGACAAGUUCCAAAACAUGUUAUUCUCUUUUGGCCGGGGUCAGCCUAACUCUGAAACCUCUGUGUGUGUGUGUAACAAAUGGCUGUUUUCAUUGUUUUGUUUGAUUUUUACAGCUUAGCUACAAAUCUUAUGCUAAAAAAAACACCAAAAACUGUUUGUGGGAGCCAAACGCUAGUUUGGGCUUGGUUUUCCUCAAAGUCAUUAAAUGAAAAAAUAGGGUCUGUUACUGCUGACGAACCUGCUCUCCUGGUGUUGAUUUCUGUGGUAAAUCUGGACUAAAAGGCUGUGAGCUCUGCUUGUGUGGUCACAUCCUGGUGUCAUAUUUAGAGCCGUGCGUCAGCCUGAGCCUGGUUUAAGAGUAGGCGGGUCCAAAACCUGCUGCUGUGCCACAGAACACAGUGUGUGGAGAGUUUCUGGACACCUGGAAACCUUCAGGCGUCCUGAUGGCCGACCAGCCCCGGCUGGACGCCACGCUUUGGGUCAGCUGAAGCUGCGUUUGCUGUGGAUCAUAGCUGUAGUUUUCUUUAAAUCCAUCCUAAAUGAAAGGAGAGGUGGGAACAGCUGGGCUUUUGUUUUUGAUAAAGUGUGUUCAGAUCAUGAAUCCUAAAGAUUUCCUUCCUGUGUCUCCAGAGGAGGCUGGAUGCUCUGAGGGGUUGAUUUUUUUGUAUCUUUGACCUGAAUAAAUAAGAUUGAAAACACUUGGCCUCCUUUUCUUUCCUCUCUGAUGACUUUAAACCAAAUUUCAUGAAUGUCAAAACGACUUCUUACAAUCCUCCUCCUCGUGCGUUCAGCCGGCAGCUCUUUGGGAAUC